AUGUCUUCAAAAGCAAUCCGUGAAUACGACGCAAAGUUGUUGCUAGCCUAUUGGCUUCAACGCGCUCCAUCACCAAACCCAAACUUUGCUCCUUCACCUUCUUCUACUCUCCAGUUCCCAGCACCACGCGUAGCUCAGAUCCUAUGGGACCCUCAAUCUGACUCGAUCACCCCAGACACCCAUCUCCCAUCUUGGGUUUCUACUACAAAGCUCGUCGCAAAGCCAGAUCAGCUCAUCAAGCGUAGAGGCAAGGCUGGCUUACUCGCUCUUAACAAAGACUGGCAAGACGCGAAGAAAUGGAUUCAAGACAGAGCAGGAAAACCACAGAGGGUCGAAUCCGUCACCGGAACUCUCAGCUCUUUCAUCGUAGAACCUUUCCUCCCUCAUCCAUCAGACUCUGAAUAUUACAUCUGCAUCACCUCCGCUCGUCACGCAGACACACUCCUCUUCACCACUUCAGGUGGUGUUGACGUCGGCGAUGUCGACGCAAAGGCUCUCAAACUCGAUAUUCCUGUCAUCGGCGCUUUCCCAUCACGUGCUGACCUCCAAAACACCCUCCUCCGCGACGUCCCAGCGCACAAGAAAGAAGUCCUCACUGACUUCCUCGUCAGACUCUACUCUGUCUACGUAGACCUUCACUUUGCUUACCUCGAGAUCAACCCCUUGGUCGUCCUCGAUGACGGUGCAAUCCACUACCUCGAUAUGGCUGCAAAGCUCGACCAGACCGCUGAGAGCAUCUGCGGCCCAAAGUGGGCUGUCGCAAGAGAUUUGACUGUCUACGAGACUGGUCCAGCUGCAACUACCACUGGCUCAAAGAUAAACGCUGACCGUGGCCCACCCAUGGUCUGGCCCGCUCCUUUUGGUAGAGAUCUCACAAAGGAAGAAGCAUACAUCCAAAAACUCGACGCUUCUACCGGUGCUUCUCUUAAGCUCACCGUCCUCAACCCAACCGGUCGUGUAUGGACAAUGGUCGCAGGUGGUGGUGCUUCCGUCGUCUACAGCGACGCCAUCGCCGCAGCCGGCUUCGCUCACGAACUCGCCAACUACGGUGAAUACUCUGGUGCCCCAAGCGAGGGUCAGACUUUCGAAUAUGCCAAGACAAUCCUUGACCUCCUCACUCGCCCGCCCCCACGUGCUGAUGGCAAGAUCCUCAUCAUCGGUGGUGGUAUCGCCAACUUCACAAACGUCGCUGCCACUUUUAAGGGCAUCAUCCGUGCACUCACCAUGUUCAAAGCCCAGCUCAUCGCUCACCAAGCAAAGAUCUACGUCCGUCGUGGUGGGCCCAACUGGCAAGAAGGCCUCAAAGCCAUGCGUUUACUCGGUGAAUCGCUCGGCGUCCCAAUCCGCGUCUUCGGCCCCGAUACCCACAUCACCGAAAUCGUCCCUCUCGCACUCGGUCUCAAAUCAACAACCUCAAGCACCGCACCCGUCAGCAUCCCAGCCACUGCCCCAGGUUCACCCAAGGCCGCACCCGUCACUUCUGAGCCAGGUACAGGCGACGUCGGUGCCAUCCACGCAGAUGGGGAACGCACCCAGCCCGAUGACGUCGUCGUUCGUUUCGAUACUGUUGAUGACAAGGCUGCGAGGCCUGCAUACAGACCCUUUGACGAGGACACGCGCAGCUUUGUUUAUGGCUUGCAGCCCCGUGCUAUCCAAGGCAUGUUGGACUUUGAUUACAGUUGCAAACGGUCCCGUCCCUCGGUCGCUGCUAUGAUCUACCCUUUCGGAGGUCACCACAUCCAGAAAUUCUACUGGGGGACGCGCGAGACCCUUCUCCCUGUAUACACAUCCCUCGAAGAAGCUGUGAAGAAACACCCUGAUGUUGACGUCGUUGUCAACUUCGCGUCCAGCCGGAGUGUCUACAGCAGUACAAUGGAGUGUUUGGGCUAUCCAAGCAUCCGUGCUAUUGCCUUGAUUGCUGAGGGUGUUCCUGAAAGACAGGCACGCGAAAUUUUGUGGAAGGCUGAGGAGAAGGGUGUUUUGAUCAUUGGCCCUGCUACUGUUGGUGGCAUCAAGCCUGGCUGUUUCAGGAUCGGAAACUCUGGAGGCAUGAUGGACAACAUCAUCGCCUCCAAGCUCUACCGCCCCGGCAGCGUAGGCUACGUCUCUAAAUCUGGAGGCAUGUCCAACGAACUCAACAACAUCCUCUCAUUGGUCACAAACGGUACCUACGAAGGUAUCGCCAUCGGUGGAGACCGUUACCCAGGAAGCACAUUCAUCGACCAUCUCCUCCGCUACGAAGCCGAUCCCGCUUGCAAAAUGCUCGUUCUCCUCGGUGAAGUCGGUGGUGUAGAAGAAUACCGUGUCAUCGAAGCCGUCAAGCGCGGACAGAUCAAGAAACCUAUCGUUGCUUGGGCCAUCGGUACUUGCGCCAGCAUGUUUACCACAGAAGUCCAAUUCGGUCAUGCGGGUAGUAUGGCGAACAGCGAUGCUGAGACUGCAGACGCCAAGAACCGCGCUAUGCGUGAAGCCGGUUUCAUCGUUCCCACCACAUUCGAGCUCCUCCCCCAAGCCCUACAAGCCACCUACGAGAAGCUCGUGAAAGAAGGCGCUAUAGUCCCUUCGCAGGAGGUAGAGCCGCCUGUCAUCCCCAUGGACUACAAAUGGGCGCAAGAACUGGGUCUCAUCCGUAAACCCGCAGCAUUCAUCAGUACCAUCUCUGACGAGCGUGGCCAAGAGCUCCUCUACGCCGGGAUGCGCAUAAGCGACGUCUUCAAAGAAGACAUCGGACUCGGAGGUGUCGUUUCCCUCCUCUGGUUCAAACGCCGGCUUCCCAGCUGGGCCACCAAAUUCAUCGAGAUGGUGUUGAUGUUGACUGCAGACCACGGCCCGGCUGUGAGUGGUGCGAUGAACACGAUUGUUGCUACGAGGGCGGGUAAGGAUUUGAUAUCGAGUUUGGCGAGUGGGCUUUUGACGAUUGGGAGUCGAUUUGGGGGGGCGCUUGAUGAGGCUGCUGGGAUGUUCAGUGGGGCCAGGGAUAUGGGGUUGACGCCUAGAGAGUUUGUGGAUAAUUCGCGGAAGGCUAACAAGCUUAUCUCUGGUAUUGGCCACAAGAUCAAGUCGGUCAACAACCCUGAUCUGAGAGUCGAGCUCGUGAAGGAGUAUGUGAGGAAGAACUUCCCGAGCCACUCGUUGCUUGAUUAUGCGCUCGCUGUCGAGAAGGUGACUACGUCCAAGAAAGAUACCCUCAUUCUCAACGUCGACGGCUGCAUCGCAGUCUGCUUCGUCGACCUCCUCCGCGACUCCGGCGCCUUCACACCCGAAGAAGCCGAUGAAUAUAUCAAAAUCGGAACUCUCAACGGCUUGUUUGUUCUCGGUCGCAGCAUCGGUUUCAUUGGCCACCAUCUCGACCAGAAGAGGUUGAGGGCUCCGCUUUACAGGCAUCCUGCGGAUGAUAUCUUCAUCAAUAUUGCGGAUUUGAGUCAGCCUCGGGUUUUGGGGAAGAUGUUGUGAGCGCGCGCGCGCGUUGACUUGACUCUCACCCAGACGUGAGCUGUCCGGGAUGGUAUCAUUGUAAAAGAAUGACUAAUGCAUAAUACGAAUCGCAUCAUACGACUGUUGACUGUUUUUGUUUUCAAUUCUUCUGAUUGUUGUCGUACUCAUUGACUUGACCUUGGGGAUAGAAUGUCUAGAAUUCGUACUUGUACGUGCAUGUAACAACGCAUUUUCAUCGCUGCAAUCGGUUUGUGAUCAUCGGGUUUGUGAAUUCGGGUUUGUUUGUUUGUGUAGUCAGCAUGGAAGGCAGGUUUGUCCCGCCAUGUUCAUGUUGGGCUUUGUCCAACGCAAGAAUUAUUUGUCUUCAAAUCUCUGCAGACUCUAGAGGACAAGCUAUCCAUGUUCUGAUUCAUUCCAUUAUGG